AUGUGUUGCAACAUCUUACCUCGGGUCUCCUGUUUGCUUCUGUGGAUUUCGUUUGCUGCCGGCGACGUAGGUUAUUUCUGGCACGUUACCGACCUUCAUUACGACCACACGUACUGGACAUCCAGGCUCUCGUGCCUCGAACCUGUACCAAAACCUGGCAAAUAUGGCGACUACUGGUGUGACUCUCCCUGGGCGCUGGUACAGGACAGUAUUGCUAGCAUGGCCAACAUUACAGCAGACGUGGAUUUCAUCCUAUGGACAGGGGACAGUGUGGCACACAUAGCCGACGCAAAUCUGACCCUUAACCUCAACCUUGAGAUCGUGGCAAACAUCACAGAAACUCUCAACACCAGCUUCCCACAAGUGCCCGUAUAUGCGUCUCUUGGCAACCACGACUUCUACCCUAGCAACCAAGCAGAUUACAACCAGAGUGAGAUAUACGACCAAGUGUCUGAAAUGUGGGAAAACUGGAUCAGUAACCAGACACAGGUUGAGCAGUUCAGACAAGGAGGUUACUACGUGGCCAGGAUUGCUCCAAAGCUCCGACUUCUGGCUCUCAAUACAAACCUGUACUACACAAACAACAAACUCACAGCAAAUGUGUCGGAUCCUGCAGGCCAGAUGGCCUGGUUGGAUGACCAAUUGAAGGAUGCACGAAGCAAGGGAGAUAAGGUGAUUGUCACUGGCCACAUCCCGCCCAGCGUGCUGACCCCAGGACUGGCCGACUGGUUUUACCCAAAACACAAAACCCAGUUUGUGGACAUUUUACUGCAGAAUUCAGAUGUCAUUGUUGCCUCCCUGUUUGGACAUGAUCACUCUGAUGGUUUCAAGAUCAUUCAGGAUGAAACUGGUUCCAGAGCAGUGACACAAUUUACUGCACCCUCUGUCACACCUUGGACGUUUCGGACUGCAUCCAAAACUGCCGAUCCACACAACCCUGGCAUCCGACUUGUGACGUACGACAGAAACACAGGGCUGCAUCUGGGCUAUGAACAGUACUACAUCAAUCUCACGGACAGUAACCGAAAUGGUCGCACUGCCUGGACCAGACUGUACUCAUUCACGGAGGCCUACAAUGUGUCCGACAUGAGCGUGGCCUCUCUGAGAAAAAUCUUCUCUCUAAUGGCAAGUGACAAGGGCACAGUCUACUCCAACAAAUACUGCACCUACUCAGUUGUCAGUAAUUACCCCAUUAACUGCACCGAGGCCGCCAGAGCCGAUAUCUACUGCGGAGGUUUACACUAUGACCUGCAAGAGGCACAAGACUGCAAACAUAAGUAUUUGGCUAGUCUGAAUGGAGCGUCUGGUCUUUCUUUGAAUGUAUUCGUUGUAACUGGUGUUAUUUUGGUGAAAAUUAGUGCUUUUAUUCUACAGUAA